AUGUUUCUUAUUGAUCGAGAAAUACCUGCAAGUGAAGACCUCAAGUCUGACGACUUCUCUUGGAGAAAUAAUGGCACGAAAAUGUCAAACAUCACCUUGAGGAAUAAAAGAUAUGUUCUUCAACGUACCUACUUUGUGCAUGCUAAGUAUAAAGACUUUAAGCGUAGGAUCUACAGUCUUUGUAAAUCAGAUGGUACCCCAUACCAGUACAUCCUCUUGUGUUAUCGAUUUGAAGAAUCAGAGCACGCAGUGUCCCCAUGCAAGAAAGCCCGCAUGCAGCCAUCUACACUGAAAGCGAUCAAGAAGAAGUUGAAGUCAGGUAAAAGCUCACGAGAUGUCUACGUGGAAACUCGACAGGAGGCUGGUGGCCUUUCAGCUUGUAAAGUUUCUGCUAGACCGUGUUCGGUCAGUCAGGUUCAAAAAAUUAAGGAACGGUCCAUUCACCACCAAAGCAGUACCUACACUGCAAGACCCGGUCAAAAAGACGAACUUUAUUCCGUGAUUCUGAAAUGCAUCGACGACAGCACACAUCCAAAUAGAUUUCUCCGAUUUGUCCAAGGAGCGCCUCAGCCACUUGCGUUUCUUUCCGAUGACCGUCAGCUACUAGACUUGGAACGAUUUUGUACGAAUCCAUGCAAGCCCGGAAUAUUGAGCGUCGACACUACUUACAACUGUGGGGAGUUCUACGUAACACCAACCACAUACCGGCAUCAGCUGCUCUUGUCGAAGAGAACAGGCAAGCACCCAGUGUUACUUGGGCCUACACUUAUUCACAAGCAUCGAGAUCAGGAAGCCUUCAGUUAUCUCGCAAGCUCCAUGACAAGACUUAAGCCAUCACUAGCGCGAAUUUUAGGUGUCGGUUGUGACAGAGACAAAGCGAUUAAGAACGGACUGACGCCCCAUUUUCCUUGUGCCGUUUUCCUGGCUUGUAAAAAGCACUUUGAGGAUGAUAUUCAGCGGAAGCUUACAGAUCUUGGUGUGAAUGGUAAUGAGAGGAAGGAAAUUGUUGCUGAUAUCUUUGGCUCCGGUGACGCGAGAGGGGGUUUGAUUGACCGAGCCACCGAGGCUGACUUUGAAAAAGACCUGGCAGAAUUGGAGCAAGUAUGGAACGAGCGUGAAAAGGCCGCCAGACAAACCAGUAGACCAGAAUUCCAUUCAUGGUUUGUGCGUUACCAAGCCAAAGACAUGAAAGAGAUGCUUCUCUAUCCAGUUAGGCGAGAUAUGGGUUUAGGAUACGAUUUCUACUACAGUAAUGACCCCGAAUCAGUGCAUCGCAAUAUUAAGGCAAGGCAAAACUACAAGGCCACGGAAAUGCCAACAGUUGUUGAAAACAUUCGAAAGGAAAAGAACGCCAAUCUCUGUUAUGUGGAAGAUGCCAUAAUUGGUAACGGACCCUUUGAAAUAGCUCCAGGGUUCGAACAUUUUAAGGUUGAUGAACACUCUUGGACAUAUGAUUGGUCGGAAGAGAAAAGGCAAAAGCAUUUAAGGGAGUUCCAUGAAGCCCUUCCAGUCGUAACCACGGUGCCAAGAGGAGGCAUUUACAGCCAGCAAAAUGAACUGGGACUUGAAGAAAGUGGGGAAGGACGUCAACAAGACCCUGAAGGUGGGGAAACUCCCCUUCAAGAAACGAGGGAAGUGCGUGAGGAGACUUCAACAGCACAUUCACUCUCCAUUCCUUUUUGUGAAACUGGCUUAUCUUCAGUUUUCUUACCAUCAUACAACAAAGCUGCUUGCUUGCUUCUUAGCAGCACUAACAUCAUGGAAGCUCCGGGAGAUCAUAAAGGUUUUCUUGUUGCAAGUGAUACGGGGGCAACUCCUUAUUUUGUAGCGGUAAAGAAAAACGGAGUCUGCAUUUGUCAGUGUAAAGGUUUUAAAACUGCCUCUCUUUGUUCUCAUUCACUUGCUGUUGCGGAUCACGUUGCCAAACUGCACGAGUACCUUUCCUGGUGUCAUUCUCGCGGUGGUCCAAACAUCACUGCAGCAGCGUCUACGUCCGCACCCAAGAAUGGGGGGAAAAAGCCUGGCCAAAAGUCUCGCAUUCGUCGAACCGGGGCCAUCGCAUCAUCAAGAAAUGAUGACAGCUACGCAGAUAGGCGUCCGUACGUGGAGACUGCAAGUGUCGAAAAUGAGCAGCAAUACCACCUUAAAUGGCUAGACAAGAUGACGGCUAGAGUAUGCUAUGGUUGCGGAGGAAAACUUCGACCUUCUGAUUCUAGUGUGCCCCCUCCUCCAUUUGACGUGGUAGUGUCAACUAAAGAGUAUCGUUCUUGGUAUGACAAGUCAACAGGAACAACAAAAAUUACGAAGAAACCGGAGGCCACCCACUACCACCUAAAUCCAGUUUGUCUCCGGGCAAAAAAUGUCCACUUCCAAGCAUCGCUUCAUGUAAGCAUCAAUUCCGAAGAUCGCCAAAGGAUGCUUGAUGUCCACAAGAAUUUUUUAAAGCAGUCUUUGAACAUCACCAUUAUCUAA